AUGGAUGCCGUAUCCGCACACUCGGCAGACACCCCGCCGACCGGCUGGGACGCAUUCUCCCUCCCAAAGCGACCCCUCCGCCACGCUGAACCGACUUGGGCUCGGCUUCCUCUUUCCACCGCGGACGGUCACCUCGCUAUUCCAACCCACGAGAGGCGGGCGAAUGCAACCAGCGCGACUUGGACCUCGUCCAGUGGGGAUCUUGCUGACUUCUCCGAUACCGAUGAUCUCGAAGUCCGCGAUGAGUUUGUGCAGGAGUAUAACAGGGUCGCAAGAAAGCCAGGCCAAUACCCCCUACAACAGAGACCAGGCUGGUUCUCGCGCACAUUCCUGCGCCAGGUCUCCGCGGCAAGCGAUACAAGCUCAACGAAAUCAGAUAAGAAAGUCAAGCCCAAGCGCAGUAUCGGCGACUUGGCUCUACGUGUCGUAAAUGGGGCAAAGAAAGACGGUCUCCAGGACGAGGACCUUCAGUCUCUUGUUCGUCUCUGUGGCAAGAGCAAACUGUACCUACCGUCGGAAUAUUCACCAUGCUCCCUCGCGCUCCCCACAUGCUUUCGCGCUACUGCACAAUACCUCGUACAACAUGGGGGGGAAACCCGAGUUAAUGCUCUCUACGCCCACUAUUGCGCCGAUGGUGAUCCGAACGAUAUCUCCAGUACCACUUGCUGCCCCGAUUUGCCGACUCACAUCAAAACUGGCCCACACGACGUCGCUUCCACUUUCAAGCGCCUCUUGUCCGGCUUGCCCGGAGGAAUUCUAGGGUCUCUGUCUCUUUUCGACGCAUUGGUCGCCAUUCACUAUGAGUUAAAAGGGGAGCCGGAAUUUCUCAAGACGAAGCAGACCAAGCUGAGGGCGAGACUCAUAGCUUUGGUUAUCGGCACCGUCAAGUCUCGGCUCCGUCGUGAUUUAAUAUGCGCGGUAUUUGGUCUGCUCUGCCUGAUCGGACGUGCCGCCGAGAAGGCACCACGAGAGGAUGAGCAUGGGAGACCGCUGCCGACCUCUGAUCUAAUGAGAUACAAUGCCCUGGGAAUCGUCUUCGGCCCGUUGCUCGUUGGGGAUCUCCUCACUUCGUAUGCCAUGCAAGUGGGCGACACCGCUCCGGGGCCGGCGCUAUUCCCAGCCACGGCCCCCAAUGGUGGGAAGGAUAGGCGAGGAUCCAAGGUUAUGGAGGAUGCUCAACAACCGUCUUUGGCGGUUGACAAGGUUUACAUGGCAAACAACAUCACCGAAAUGCUCAUUACGCACUGGCGGGAGGUCGUCAGGCAUAUGAGGAGCCUUGGAGCGUCGAAGCCAGAUCGAGAUGGACCACAGCGCAGGGCUGGGCUGCGGCCUUCUGUAUCAGAAGGAUUCGGUUUGAAGAUACCGCGCGAUCUCUUCAAGCCUGGUGGAUCACCAGUUCCGCCUAGCCCUACCCCUCCCGAAUCUGCUAACCGCGUGCAGCCUCGCGGGCGUCGAAGCAUCGUUGCUAUCACCUCCCGUGGAGGAGCCGUCUCCGGCCGCGUAUUCGAGGCUUAG